UAUUGGAAGGUCCAAAACUCUCCCCAAAGUGUUCUCUCUCUCUCUCUCUCUCUCUCUUCUUACUUUACCCAGCAAUAUACACUAUGAUUUCUCUGAAAGCAAUCCAAACUGCCUUCACCCCCAACCAUGGCCCCUUCCCAGGAAGAGAAUCCUUGAGGAAGAGAAGGACAAGCCUCUCUCUCUGCAACUCCAAAAACUCAGAUGAAGAAACUCCACCAUCACAAGAAGGAGACAAGCGCAAGCAGGAACUCCUUGCCAGGAUUGCAAUGCUCCAAACCCAAAAGGUCCGGCUCACCGAUUUCUUGGACGAAAGAUCAGAAUAUCUAACCCAGUUUGCUGAGGAAGCCAAUGCCGAAAUCGACCUGAUUGGAGAAAAUGCCCUCAAGGAAUUGGAUGAAGCUGGUGCCAGGAUAAUGGGAAAUAUAGAGAGUCGAAUGCAAGCGUUCGAGGAGUCUAUGGAGCUCAACAAGGUGGAGAUUGAGGAGAAUGAGAAAAUGGUGGAAAACUUCGAAGGCCAAAUCCAGAAGGAACGAAACGAAGGGAUGUUUUUCAAGAAUUUAGGGGAGAAAAAACCGGUCGACAUAGCACAAGCUAAGGAAGAGGCUGAAAAGAUCAAGGAGGUGACCAAGAAAAGUGCUGGUUCGGUAAUGAGACGGAAUAUAUACCUUGCUCUGAUGGGGUUGGUUGUUAUUGGAAUUGCUGAUGCCUCAGUAUCUUCAUCGCCUGACUGGAGGAAGGUAGCAUUUCUUGGAGUUAUUUUGGCGGGAUUGAUCACUCAAUUCUUCUAUGAAAAGAGUAUGUCAUCAGAAACAGAGCAAGAGAAGAGUAAAGAAUCUAAGAGUGAAUGAAAAUUUUCUUUUGUAAAGAAUAUACAAAUUCCUCCACAUGUAUUGUGUAAAUAGUGGUCUCUAUUGAGUAGUUUGGUUUUCA